GUAUACAUCUUUUUCUUUUCUUUUGUAUGAUAACAAACAGAGACCUUUCUCUUUCUCUUCUGUAUGUGAAAAAUAUAUAUAUAUUUGUGUGUAUUUUCAGACAAAAAAAUGACAAACAGUUUUGUUAUAGUGAAAGUUACUGUGCACCAGUUUUUCACUUUCCAUCAAUUUUGAUGUUUUGUUGAGGGUUUUCUUGUUUUGUUUUUCUUGUUUUCUUGUUUUUGUCUGGUGAAUUGUGAAGUGGGGUUGUGUUAUUUUGUUUUGGGUGUUGGAGAAAUAGUAUAAAGUUGGGAAUCUUUGUGUUUCUUGAAGCAAAUUUUAGUGUGUUUCUUGAUUUUUGUCUGGUGAAUUUGUGAAGUGGGGUUGUGUUAUUUUGUUUUGGGUGUUGGAAAAAUAGUAUAAAGGUGGAAUCUUUUAUGUUUCUUGGAGCAAAUUUUAGUGUGUUUCUUGAUUUUUUUUGUGAAGAAAAGAUUGGAUUUUUGGGUUGAUUUUUGAGCUCAAAGUGAAGUAAUUGUGUUGUUUAAUGGAUGAUUAGGAGGGAAUUUCUUGUUUUUUUUUUUUUUUUUUUGUUUGUGAAUUGUUAAGUGGGGUUGUGUUAUUUUGUUUUGAGUGUUGGAAAAAUAGUAUAAAGUUGGAAUCUUUGUGUUUCUUGGAGAAAAUUUUAGUGAGUUUGUUGAUUUUUGAGAAGAAAAGAUUGGAUUUUUGGGUUGAUUUGGAGCUUAAAGUGUAGUGAUUGUGAUUGAGGGAGUUUCUUGUUCUUAAGAAAAUGAAGAGUUUUGGGUUGAAUCUUGUUAAAUUGUUUUAGGAAAUUUUCUUGAGUUUUUGAGGGGAAAAAAAUUCUCUUUUUGGGAGUUGUAGACUAGUGGUUUGAGCAAUUUCUUGAUUUUGAGAUGCAGAAGGAAGUACUAUGUACUUAUAAUUGGUGUUUCUGAAGAUAGAUUUCUUUGGUGAACAGAUUUAGAAAGCAUUUUCCAUUCCUAAUUGGAAAGUAUUAAGUAUUUAUGAGGUAAAGAGUUGAUUUGGUAGAAUUUUUGUUGACAUCAAGAUGAUUACUUUUAUGGAUCCAAAGGACAAAGUGAAGGAAAUAGAAAAGUGUUUAGAUUCUCAACUAUGGCAUGCUUGUGCUGGUAGUAUGGUACAAAUGCCUUCAAUUAGUUCAAAAGUUUUCUACUUUCCCCAAGGUCACUCAGAGCAUGCUUGUGGUAAUGUCGAUUUUAGGAGCUCGAUUAGGAUUCCGUCGUAUAUUCCUUGUAAAGUCUCCGCGAUUAAGUAUAUGGCGGAUCCUGAGACUGAUGAGGUUUUUGCUAAAAUUAGGUUGAUUCCUGUUAGUAGGAAUGAGGUUGAAUUUGAUGAUGAUGGGGUUGUUGGGUUGAACGGUUCGGAUAACCAAGAUAAGCCUACUUCAUUUGCUAAGACGUUAACACAAUCGGAUGCGAAUAAUGGUGGAGGUUUUUCUGUCCCGAGGUAUUGUGCUGAGACGAUCUUUCCUCGUUUGGAUUACUCUGCGGAUCCUCCUGUUCAGACCAUCCUUGCUAAGGAUGUUCAUGGAGAGACGUGGAAAUUCAGGCAUAUUUAUAGAGGGACGCCAAGGCGUCAUCUGUUAACGACUGGAUGGAGUACUUUCGUGAACUAUAAGAAGCUCGUUGCUGGUGAUUCCAUUGUAUUCCUGAGGGCUGAAAACGGGGACCUUUGUGUAGGUAUUCGGCGGGCAAAGAGGGGAAUUGGAGGUGGACCUGAGACUUCUUCCGGAUGGAAUCCGGCUGGUGGAAAUUGUAUGGUACCAUAUGGAGGAUUUUCCAGUUUUCUUAGGGAUGAUGAGAAUAAAUUAUUGAGAAAUGGAAACGGGAGCAACAGUGGGAACAUGAACAGGGGAAAGGUGAAGGCAGAAUCAGUGAUUGAAGCUGCAAAUCUUGCGGCCAGUGGACAGCCAUUUGAAGUGAUCUACUAUCCUCGUGCUAGCACUCCGGAGUUCUGCGUGAAGGCCUCGCUUGUAAAAGCAGCAUUGCAGAUCCGUUGGUGCUCGGGGAUGAGGUUCAAGAUGCCUUUUGAAACUGAAGAUUCUUCACGGAUAAGUUGGUUCAUGGGAACCAUAUCAUCGGUUCAGGUCUCCGAUCCCAUUCGGUGGCCAGAUUCACCGUGGAGGCUUCUUCAGGUGACGUGGGACGAACCUGACCUGCUCCAAAACGUGAAACGUGUCAGUCCGUGGCUCGUGGAAUUAGUCUCAAACAUGCCUACCAUUCAUCUUUCACCCUUCUCGCCCCCACGAAAGAAACUAAGAUUACCUCAACAUCCAGAUUUUCCUCUCGAUGGCCACCUUCCUAUGCCGGCUUUCUCCGGUAACCACCUUCUAGGGCCUAAUAGCCCCUUUGGUUGUCUUCCCGACAACACCCCUGCUGGCAUGCAGGGAGCCAGGCAUGCUCAAUGUGGUUUAUCAUUAUCAGAUCUCCAUUUCAAUAAGUUGCAUUCUAGUUUGUUUCCGGUUGGUUUUCCACCACUUGAUCAGGCUGCAGCAGCACCCCGUAGACCCUUGAAUAGUCCAACGAUCAGCAAGCCAUGCAACAGUGAGAAUAUAUCUUGCUUGCUAACCAUGGGAAAUUCUGCUCACUCUACGAAGAAAUCUGAUAUUAAGAAAGCACCACAACUUGUGCUUUUCGGUCAACCUAUACUUACUGAGCAGCAGAUCUCUCUUAGCUGCUCGGGAGAUACUGUUUCUACUGUUCGUACAGGGAAUAGCUCCUCGGAUGGGAAUGCUGAUAAAACUGGGAACGUGUCUGAUGGUUCAGGUUCUGCACUUAAUCAACGUGGUUUAACAGAACGCUCACCAUGCGACAUAUUUCAAUCUGAGCCAAAUACCGAGAUUGGACACUGUAAGGUUUUUAUGGAAUCAGAAGAUGUAGGUCGCACUCUCGAUCUUUCAUUGCUAGGAUCUUACGAAGAGUUAUGCAGGAAAUUGGCAAAUAUGUUCGGCAUUGACAGCUCGGAGAUGCUUAAUCACGUACUUUACCAGGAUACCACUGGCGCGGUCAAGCAACUUGGUGAUGAACCAUUUAGCGACUUCAUGAAAACUGCGCGAAGGUUAACAAUUCUAGCCGAUUCAAGCAGUGACAAUGUAGGACUCAGGGAGUAGAGAGGACAAGUAAAUCUCCACUUACCUAUUCCGAACUGUACAGCCGGAUCAUCAACUUCUCUCUUCCUAACUCUUCCGGACACGCUAUGAAGAUGUUCAAUUACCAAGUUCAAGAGUGAAAAAGUUUGCUGUUACAUCAACGUUUGAAGUUCGAUUGCUGUGUUUCUCUAGGACAGUAUGUUUACUAGUUUUCUUUCCGAUUGUUUUCGAGUUAUUUUCGUUUAGACAAUACCUACAAAGAUCAAGAUGAACUUGUUUUUUGUAGGCUUUGUCUGCUAAUUCUAGUACUCCAACUUGUUAAUCAAAGGCCUUCUAAGAAGGCUUAAAAGACUUCUUCUAGUUUUUGUUUUCUAUCUAAUGAGUACAGUUCAAAACUUUGUUUUAA